AUGUUCGUACUUGAUGGGCUUGGAGAGUUCGAUGAUGCCUUUGCCGAACUCGCCCAGUUCAAUGACAAUUUUGAAACUGUCGUCGCUCCCUCCAUAAAACAUUUUACGUGGACGAGUGGGUGUUCACACGGGCUGCGCUGUGCUCUCCAGCACCUUUCUCGGACAUUAGAAACCUUGAUUAUUUAUGAAUGGGAUCCAAUCACUCCUGUGUUCGCAUUCCGCCGGCUUCUCACUCCCAUCUUGCGGCUCCCUUCUCUUCCACGACUUUCCGAAAUCCGUCUUGAAUUGCUCCAUAUGCUCGAGCUUCUUAAAAGUACAGAAUGUCUCGGGGAAGAUGAGAAUGUUACUUCCCGUUUACCUGUGCUAGAAGUGCAGCGGCCAUACUGGUUAACGCCCAAGGUUUUCCUAUGGAUGAUACAAACGACAAAAGCAUUUUCCAAUCUCAGGAUGCUGAUUCCCACCUGUCGUCCGGUCGGCUCAGACCAGUUCCAUAUCACCAAAACAUGGGAGUGUUAUUUUGGGCCGCAUGAAUUCAUGCGCUUCCUGAACUCCCCAUUGAGUCGAAAUUUGAAGCUUAUCGAGCUUCCGCAUAUCUCGAGGUCGGCGAUGACCGAGUGGAAAGUUGAGAUGGAAACUGUGUUGCAAGUUGGAAGUCAUCUUGGGAAAGAUACCAUCAUCCCCACCGAAAUUUAUCCCGAGCCCGAAUUUAGACAACCUGGUGCAAUAAUAGCCAGAAUCUGGACAAAGCAAUUCAGAAACCUCGCGGAGAGCUGA